UAACCCUGAAGUCGAUCAAGUUCAUUUUAACCCUUCCUGGUCGCACAGAGGCCGGAAGACCCUCGCGAGAUUCUUGGAGGGGAAUCUGGUCGGUACCUCGAGAUACGCUGCAGAAUGUUCGAUCGACUGAAAUCAUUGGAAAUCGACUUGGGGUAAUUUGCCCGCUUCAAUCGGAAGAUCCCUUGCACGUAGAGUCACCGCGGAAUGUCCGAAAGGAUAAAAAUAAUUAAAGUUGCGCGCGAACGUAUCGGUUACGGUAAAAAAAAGAAAAAUAAAAAAAGAAUUCCACGAUGAACGGCGGAGCGCAAUGAAUGCAUAUCAUAGGUGGAGGCAUUUGCAUGGUCGUUGGAUAGUUGGACGUAACGAAUGCACCUAAGAUCGGUUUUAUGUACGUACGUCGGUUGGCAGAAUACCAGCUAAGGUAUUCGCAUAUCGUGCACCCCGAAUAUAUUUAACCCGCACUCCGGGCAAGAUGGUAACGAGUGACAUGAAUAUUCCAAGCUCGCUAUCUCGAUGGGUGGAGAUAUCCUAGGUGUACGAUACGUCGUUCACACCGACACACAAUGCCAUUACUGCAACGGUGGUAGGUACAGGUGUGCAACGAAGGCAUGCGGAAUAAUUGGCUUAUAUAUCGCGCGAUGCAUUCUACUGCAGGUGCGGAUGAUUUUCAAUUCGGUUCCGGAUAUUCGAGGAACGUUUUUGAUCUUUUUCCAUUUCUCCUUCCUUCUAAUUCUUCCUUGUGCCCUCCGUAGCUUCAUCCCUAAUAUGAUGGAGGAAUUGAUAUAUUUGGUACGCAAGAUCGUCCACUGGGCCCAUCGGAAUUUGGCAGUACGUAUAAACAGGAGCUGUUUGCCCCUGACCACGAUUGCUCAACGUAGUAGUAGUAGGUAGCGUUAUAGUAUAAGCAUCAAGAGUUACGGAGUUAUUUCCAGAGUUCGCGCUUUUUGGAUUGGAUCAUCGUACGUUUCACCGCUAGUCGUGAAGAAAUCUAUGGAAAAUUUGUAUUUAUUUAUUCAUUAUAUUUGUUAUCGAACACAGGUGAACCCUGCAAAGGUUGCUUUGCGAACUUUUCCACACGAUUUCUGGCGUGUUUUUUUAAUUUUUUUAAUUUUUGUUCACGUACCAAUCGGAACGUCGCGACCUAGUGAUUGUUAUUAUUCCAGAUGAUAGUAUAAAUUUCAACGAUGAACCAGAAAUAGAACGCCAUUCCGGCAACUGCGCAGCGGUAGCAAUUUGAUUUACCAAUAAUUUAAAACCUUGCCGCGACGGCUAAAAUGUUUUAGCAGACCGCUGAUAGACGGCGCAAGUUACGGUCGCUCGGAACAACUGAAGGUUGCACCUACGACAUUGUAUUUUGACACAUUCCAAAUCGUGUUGCGAAGUAAACAAGGAAAUCAACUCUGAAGUAAAAUAUGUCGCGAAAUCAGGUGACUGUUGAGAAUAAUCGGAGAGCAAUCUGUUCUUUCGAGGAUAGUGUAACGGCAAGAGAUGUUAGAACCAAAGUUACGGAAUUAACGGGGAUGCGACCAACCGAAUUCUACCUUAUACACAACGGACACAUAUUCACAGACGACGAUAUCUGCGAUUAUGGAAAAAUAGACAUCAUUCUGCGUACCCUUGGCGGUAAGGGUGGCUUUGGAUCGAUGCUGAGAGCCAUCGGAGCUCAAAUUGAGAAGACGACCAAUCGAGAAGCAUGCCGUGAUCUUAGCGGACGAAGGUUGAGAGACAUAAACGAAGAAAAGAGACUAAAAUCAUGGAUAGACAAGCAGGCCACCAGGGAAGAGCAGGCUGUAGAACGAAAGAAAAGAAAACUAGAGAGGCUUUGUGCACAACCAAAGCACGAGUUUAAAGAUAAAAAUUAUGAAAAGGAGAGGUCGACUCUGACAGAGAAAGUCGGAGACGCUGUCGAAGAAGGUUUCAAAAUUGCAAUGGCUGGGGGAUCCGGAGUCAAGCGGAAAAGUGAAGAGCAAAGGAGCGGCAGCAAAAAGAAACUGGCAAUAGGACUGGACAUAGACUCCGAUGAACUCGGAAGUUCCGACGACUCGGAAUCGGAAUUUAAUUCUUCCUCCUCUAAUGACGAGAAGACUGUGUCUGACCCGAAAGAGGGUGACCGAAAUUCGCAAGAUAUCCAAGGUGUCAGGGAGGACUCUACAAGUACUACCGUAGAUGAGCAGACUUCGGCUGACUCCGAAACAAGCGUAAAUUCGUCUUCUGGAGAAGAAGCUCCACAAAUUACUUCUAGGGAAGUUCAAAAGGUGGCUGCAACAUCUUGAAUUAUCGAUCACAGCUUUGUCAUUCAAUAAAAUAAAGCCUAUCAAGUUUU